AACGCCUGCUUAGAGAGAGAGAGAGAGAGAGAGAAAGAGAGGGAGAGAGAGGGAGAAAAAGGAGGAGGAAACAAUGGGUGAGGUAGCAGAGACAAUGACGAAGAAGAAGAAGAAAAAGGGACGGCCUUCUCUUCUAGACCUUCAAAAACGCUCUCUCAAGCAACAGCAACAGGAGCAGCAACAGCAGGAGGAACAACAGAAGCGACAACAAAUUCCCAAUUUCAAAAACCCUAAUUCUCUCAAUUUAACUCCUACCCCCAGCCGCCGAUCCGCUCGCCGGAACCCUAGCCGCUACGGUCUUUCUACGGCAUCAGGGUGGGUUGACGAUGACGAGGAUGAGCGAAAAGAAAAGAAGCACAAGCUAUUGCUUGGAUUGAAUUCUCACAAUCAUCAGCAUUUGUCGGCAUCGUCUGCGAAUUCUUCGGGUCCGAAUUCUCUAUCGUACGGUUCUGAUCCAAAUGGGGAUGACGGUGGUGAGAAUCCUGAAGAAUCCCUCAAGCGGCGCAAGAUCAACGCCGUCCGUCACGGAUCUGGUGAAAUGGGAGAAAAGGUCUCGAAAGCAACAGACACUCUGCAUGGGUCACCGGUGGAGUCCGGCCCCACGACACCUUUGCCAGACAAAAAGUUGUUGAUGUUCGUUCUUGACAGGCUUCAAAAGAAGGACACUUAUGGGGUCUUUUCAGAGCCCGUGGAUCCCGAAGAGCUUCCUGAUUACCAUGACAUUAUUGCACACCCGAUGGAUUUUGGAACUGUGAGGAAAAAGCUGGAUGGAGGAGAUUAUGCUAACUUGGAACAAUUUGAGAAAGAUGUGUUCUUGAUAUGUUCAAAUGCUAUGCAGUAUAAUUCGCCAGAUACCAUUUACUUUCGUCAGGCACGAUCCAUGCAGGAGUUAGCAAGAAAAGACUUUGAAAAUUUGAGGCAAGAUAGUGAUGAUAGUGAACCACAACAUAAAGUUGUAAGAAGAGGUCGGCCCCCAGGCAAGAGCAUGAAGAAGUUGCCUGACACACCGUUGUUGGACCGUAUUGCUUCUGAAUUCUCCUCAGAUGCAACUCUUGCUACUGGAGGAGAUACUGGUAGCUUGUCUAAUGCGUACAAUUUAAGAAGAGGAUCUAAUUCAUAUAAGCUUCGGCCAGUUGAUACUGUAGUCAGGGCCUCACAUGCACCUCAUAAUGGUGAAACUUACAGCAGCUGGACGACUGAAUGGGAGAACGAGUUUCCAGCUUCUGUGGUGAGGGCUGUUAUGAAGUAUGGCAUGAAGCAUUUCCAAGUAGAUGAAAACAAGCGUGACACUUAUAACCAGGCAUCAGUUUCUGCACAUGAGCUAUCCGUCAUGACUACAACUGAAGGAGAAAUUAAGCAAUUAAUUCCAGUUGGGCUAAGCUCUGAAUAUGGUUAUGCAAGAAGUCUUGCCCGAUUUGCUGCAGAUCUUGGGCCUGUUGUCUGGAAAAUUGCUUCAAAGAAGAUUGAAAGUGUUUUGCCUCCUGGUCUGAAGUUUGGGCCUGGAUGGGUGGGAGAAAACAAGACUAUUGAGCAGCAGCAACAAUUGACACUAUUGGAGAAGCAGAAAUAUUCGAACAUCUCUGACCAUUCUGGCAGAGUUCUAUCUCCAACUACUUCUGCUUCAAAUUCUGUUGUUGGGAAUAGGUAUUCUUUGCAAGCUGGAGAAGACAGGGAGGCUAUGAGAAGACUAGAUUCUGGAAGUGAGUUCAGUUCACCAAACGCGACAAAACCUGUGUCUUCUUCCCAGAUUCAGUCAAAACCUGUAAUCCAUUCUGAUCGGAAUGGUUUUACCGGUUCAUUUGGCCGUAAUUGUUCUCCUCAAAUGGGAAUGGUAAGACAUGCCACACCUGCAGUAAAGUCUGUUUCAAACAACAUUAUGAUACCUUCUCAAACAGUUGGCAUUAUUUCCAGUGGGAAUCCAGCUAGUUGUCUAUUGCCUGGAAAUAGUUUUGAUUCCAGUGAAGCAAACUUGGCUGGUAAUCCAAUUAGGCCAUGCAUGGGAAAUCCAAGUGCUCUAGGAUCUUGCUCUUGGUCGCAGACAACAAGUAAUGAGGGACUUCUGGGAGAAUCAUCCAUGCAAGAGUUGCCUUAUCAUAAGCAGGAUUUCCACCCCUUUCCACCUGAUUUAAAUGUUAGAUUUCUGUCCCCUGGUUCGCCUAGUUCUAGUGUGCAGAUUGGUUCGCCGCAGCAGCCGGAUUUAGCAUUACAGCUCUGAGGAUGAAUUGGUUAUUUUUAUUUAAUUUAACAUAGGGAAGCAUUUUCAGUGUUAGGUUCAGGUCCUUGUCUGAACAGAAAAUAAGAAAAUUUCAGGGCACCUCUGCCAUCUUUCAAGUAUGCAAAUUGACUAUUCUUAGCAUUGUGUAGGAAAAAAGAUUUUGUACAGAUUAAUACAAAAAAAUUUUAGGGCAAAGACCACAGGUUUUAAUGCGCGGCAUUUGGAUUCAAGUUGUGUUUUGUGAUAUUCAACAAUUUCCCAAUACAAGCAUAUGAUAUUAGAAGA